UCGCGUGGAUCAUGGGCAAAUUUCGUUCGAAGCUGAAGCGGCAUGGCAAGGGAAAGACCUGGAGCAAGGGCCAGUCGGCCACCUCCAAUCCCGACCAGAUGAAGCACCGCCUGAAGGCCAAAUCGCGAUUCUUUCAGCCCAACUUGAGUUUGGCCGCUGCCUCGAACACUGGCCUCACUCUGGAGGCGGUCCACAAGCACGAGCAGCGACAGGCUUUUAAUGCGGAAACCACGACGGUUAACGAUGUGGCCGGCAGUUUGAAAAGCUUUCGACUUGACGACGAUGAUGACGGAAUGUCCGGUUCGGGAACCGCUCCCACCGGCACCUUCAAAACCUUCCAGACCUUCGCCUCCAACUACAGCAGUUGCAGCAACACAAGUUUCCGGAAACUUCUUACCGGCUUUCGCGCCUCAUCCGAUCUCCACAAGGAGAUGCUGGCCAUUCUGAGCGCCCUGACCGAAGUAAUUCGCAUGGAAGGCGGCAGCGAGUCUUCUACGGAGUACUUCCUGCUGCUCAUGGAGCAAAUUGAGGCUGCCACUGAGGAGCGCGACAUCGCCGCUGGCGUGGCCCUGCUCGCCAUGGGCAUCAAAUCGGUGCCAACUCCGGUUUUGCGGAAGCGUUUCGCCCAGACCGCCGCCACCCUGCAGACGCUGCUUCAACGAUUCGUAGAGUCCACCAACCAGUCGGUGAUUCGAUAUGUGAUUGGCUGCCUCUCAGUUCUUUUGCGUGCCCAAGAUUAUGCUACGUGGACAUACAGCUCCACGUUCCAGUACUUCGAUGCUCUUCUCUCAUUCAGCAUUCACUCCAAGCCAAAAAUCCGCAAGGCUGCCCAGCACGCGGUGGUCUCCAUCAUCCACGGCAGCUGCUUCAUGCUACCAACUGCCAAGUCCGACGACGACGAGAAUCAGGAGGAUGCGAUGGAGCAGUCGGAACCGUCGAAGGUGAAGCACCAUCCGGCCAGCAAUCGCGUGACAAAGUUCUGUUUGGCCCAGUUCAAACCGGAAGUGCUUGCCAAUGCCCAGACGACUGUGCUCCACACGUUGGCGCUGCUGAAGGACACACUAUCCGGCUUCCGAACGGAGGACAUACGCAGUGUGUGCGAGCACCUGCUCUCGAUCAUGACGGCGGCCAAUGUGCUGGUCCGAACGAAUUGCUUCCAGGCGCUGCACGCCCUCUUCCUCACGCGCAGUCCCAACUUGAAUGCCUCGCUGUGCGCCAAACUACUGGCGGCCAUUCACGAAUACCGACCGGACAGGAGCGAUGUCCGGCAGACGCUCGCCUGGGUGACGGUCCUCAAGGAGGGGCAUCUCCAUUUGGCCGCCCUGCAGCUGGAUCUCUGCAUGCAGGCGCUGCCCCGUCUCAUCGAUGUCUGCACCACGGAUCUUUGGCUCUCGGACCGAACGGAACUGGUUGUGGGUGUCUCCAAUUGCAUCAAGGAGUUGCUGCAGGACUGUGUGGCCAAGGCAUGUGCCACCGAGGAGGAUGCACAGCGAAACCGAGCGAUUGUGGCCAGGAUCAUCGCUUCGCUGCACAAAGUCUUGAAUGCUCCUUUUGGUGAGAUCUCCAAAUACGUGAUCCUUAUCUUCUCCAUUGUUUUUGAGGCGUGCGGCAAACAGUUUGGUUCUGAGCUCACACCAUCCUUGCUGACGAUCGCGAAGCGCUACGACAGUAACAGCAACCAUCGUCUGCAGAUUGAGCACACACUGAUCAGCGCCAUCAAGGCCUUGGGACCCGAACUGAUUCUCACAGCGAUCCCACUGGCCGAUGGCAAGGGUGGCAUGCAGCUGGAGCGUUCCUGGCUGCUUCCACUGCUCCGCGAAGGCGCCAACGGAGCCAGCCUUCAGUUCUUCAAAGAGAAGAUCGUGCCGCUAGCCAUCGAUUGCCAGCAGAAGUGGAAGGAGUUCACCGAGGCCAAGAACAAGUCGUCGUCUCACAUUUACGAGCUGCUCUGCUGCCAGUUGUGGGGCUUAUUCCCCGGCUUUUGUCGCAAGCCCAGAGAUCCGGAAUACCUGCGCCAGCUGGCUCCCACUUUGGGUGCCGCUCUGGAGAAGAAUCCCGAGUUCAGGGCUCCCAUUUACGAUGGUCUGCUGGAGCUGCUCGACGACAGCCAGAGCGAGGAAUGCCAUCUGGCGAUUGGCCAGUAUGCCAAGAACUUUCUGCCUCGCAUGUUCAAUAUCUACACGCAAAAACCGAAUGGCACCUACGAGGCCGAUCAGCGGAAGCGUGUCCUGGACGUCAUUCGUUUGUAUAUCCAACGGGCGCCGGCCGAAAUUCAACAGCAGCUCUUCGAGAACGCCCAAAGCCAAUUGGCAGCUAGCGCAGUGGCCAGUUUCGAGUACGAUGCUCUGUUCGAUAUCAAUGCAGCUAUUGUGAGGGUUCAGAAGUGCAAGGGGAUCGAGGCGUAUUUCGAGAAGUACAUGGCUCCCGUUCUGAGGAACGAUAAAUCGAAGUUGGUGGCCAAGGAUGAGCAGAAACUUAAGAAGCAGCAGAGGAAGACCUACGAACUCCUUCGCGAACUGAUGACCUCGGAGCAGGCAUCCUGCCAGAAGUUCACCCGCAAAAACAGCAUCGCCCUGCAGCAAAUCCUUCUCGAGGCUUUCAACACCAGUUGCGCCGUUUGCCAGGCAUCUCGCUUGUACUGCCUGAAAUCGCUGAUGGAAUGCCGCAGCAGUCUGGCGUACAAUGACCAGCUGGUGAUGAAGGCGAUACCCGAGGCGGUGCUCAACUACAAGGAGUUCUCCACUCGGAAAGAGCAGGUGGCCGAGCAGAUAAUCAAAUCAAUCACUCAACUUUAUCAGGAUGCGGGCAAGAUCAACGACUUUGUGGAUAUCCUUACGGCUGGAUUUGCGGGCGAUGAAUCUCUGGUUACGAACACGAUCCUCGCCUUUAGGGCUGUGCUCCAGCAGCAGGGCCAACACUUGACGGUGGCCACGCUGGAGUUUGUCCUGCAGCAGGUCUCCGUCUUUCUUGUUCAGAAGUCUCGCAAUCAAUCGGAGGCAGCCGUCGCCUUUUUGAUUACAUUUAUCAAGGUGAUGCCGAUACCACUGGUGGCCAAUCACCUGGAGACUAUUAUGCGCUCUUUGUCGGCCAUGACCAAGGAUACGAAGCGCUACUGCCGCAUUCAGAUCGGCUACUUCCUGAAGAAGCUCUGCAAGCGAUUCAGCACCGAGGAACUGGCACGCUUUGUUCCCGGCGACGAUGAGGUGACCCACCGGCGGCUCAAGAAGAUCCGCAAGCAAAUGCGCAGGGAGACGCGCAAGAAGCAGAGCGAGGAAGCCCAGGCGGAGAGCUCCGACGAGGAGCUCGUCGGCGGACUGGAGCAGAAGAGCUACACCAUUGAUGAUAUUCUGGCCGAUUCCGAUUCGGAUCUGCCGGACGACAUGGACGCGGAGGACGAGAACGGAGCGGGUACAUCAGCUGGCAAGCGAGGCAAGAAAUCCAAGCAGCAGAAGAGCACCUACAUUCGCGAGGAUCCCGAUGAGAUUGUCGAUUUGGCCGAUCUCAAGUCCAUUGGCAAUGUGCUGACCAGUGGCUCCGCUCAAACAGCAGCUACGGUUAAGAGCCUCAAGACGAAACCCCAGCUGGCGAAUGGAGGCUUCAAGACCGCCGACGACGGCCGUUUGAUAAUCAGCGACAAGGCACUUCGCGGCCAAGGAGGAAACGAUGAGUCCGACUCCGAUUCGGAUGCAUCGAUGGCCGAUGGCACUGAAGACAAGGAACCGAAGGCCAAGCGCGGCAUGGAGGACGAUUCCAGCGACGAGGAGGAGCUGCAGCAGCAACAAACGGCGGGUGCCAAGCGAAAGCGCACAGCCGGCGAUGCGAUGAGCAUGAAGUCGGGCAAGACCAGUGCCAGCAGUCGCUACACGGCCGGUGGCAAGGGUAUCCAUCGACAGCUGGCAGCUGGAAACUCGGAUGCCAUGUCCGUGAAGUCAGGAAAGUCCACACACCGAGCAGCGGGCAACGAGUACAGCAGCAAAAAGGCCAAGGGCGACAUGAAGAAGCGCGGACAACUCGAUCCAUAUGCGUACAUACCUCUCACAAGGAACACCCUCAACAAGAGAAAACGUUCAAUGAACUCGCGCAAAUUCAAAGAUGUUUUGCGUGGAGCCGGUGGCGAAAGUGGCGGAGGCGGUGGCCGGGUAUCCAAGAAGCACAAAUAAGGGAAAUAGUCUGGCCACUAACUGGAUCAUAUAGAGCUAUAGAGAUAUAGAGAUAAAUAGUAAUGCCGGGAUAGUGCGGUUGGCUGAUAACCAAGCCAAGACGUUGACAAACAUUUCCCCUGUUACUUCGGUUAAAUAUAUACAUAUAUAUAAAUAUAAUUAAAUAUGUAUACAAGUGUAAAAGGUAGACAUGU